AUGCCGCCUCAGCAAGGUUAUAUUUCCCGUCAGUUCGAGGCUCUUGAGGAUGGUGCCAAAACUCCCAUGGCCAUCUGCCGCCACUGCAACGACAAGAAGGUGGCAAGAAACAUAGUCGCUCGUAAAGUUGCUCAUCUCGCCGCCUGUGAAUCUUACUACACCUAUCUCCGAGCCCUGCUCGACGAUGACUCUUCUAAUGCUGGCGAAAAAGAGCUGAGGCAGAUUCCUGAAGAACUCAAGAUCAAGAUCGAGCAGCGUACCGAUCAGCCUUUGGUCACAAAGACGAGCCAUGCCGCUGCCGAGGUCGCCAAUCAAGAGGUCCUCAAGUCUGACCUUGAUAACACCCUUAUGCAGGCCAUUUUCCAUGGCAGCUUACCCUUCGACGCUUUUGAACCGAACAAGCAUCCUCACAUUGUCCGUCUCUGCCGUAUGAUCAUGCCGGACUUCGUUCCUCCUUCGCGUGCGCGUGUUGCCCAGACCAUGGCCGAUAUGUCUGUCCGGCCCGUCAUGCCUGUCAUGCCAAUUCAACCGACCCAGUCAUCUGAGCAGUUUUUCACGCCCCGUACAGACACUGUCGACAGAUCCUACGCUCAGGAAGAGUCUGCGCGCGCUGCACUCUCAUCUCGCAUUGUGAAUGACUUGCUCUCUCGCGCCACCCCACAGUCCACCCCUGGAUCUAAGCGUCCCUUCGAACUUGUCUGA